AAGGAAAAUUGCUGUUCCAGGCAGGUUGGAUCGGCAUCGGGUUAAUUUUCGUACACGGUCGGGAGGCCGGGUUGAGAGUGUGAGAGGCUUUUGUUCCUUGGCGAGGGGCGCUCGCCGCCGAUGAAGGAGGCUUUGGCAGUGCGGUUCCAGUCCGGUUCCAGUUUCUAGUUUGGUUACUUCACGACUCACGUACUUUGUUUCGACACCAGUCUAUCGCUCUCGAAGUGACGGACACACAUUCGAAUCACACGGAGCAUUUUCUUUCCGACUUCACCUUUCGACCCGUCGCUCGCGUUUUACUCGAGGGCUCGCACCGAUUCACUUUCUGCCGGAUUAUCACCAAAUUCGCUCUUUUUUAAUGUUCGACAAUAUACGAAUAUCCAGUUCGGAUUUUGGGUCAAAGCCGUCAGGAUGGGGAAACCUAAGAAAGGGAGGAAGUUAGAGCAGGACGAGGAUAAUGUUGAAUCUUCUGGAGUUCAAGACAAGGAGGUGGAGGAUGAUACAAACGCAAAACAGAAAGCGAAAAAGGAGAAAAAGAGAAGAGACGUAGAGGAACUGUCCGAGUCGGAAGAGGAGGGCCACACGAAAAAGAUACAAAUUAAACAGAAAAAAGGGAAAACGGGAGAUAACGCGGAAGAGAUAACUGAAGAACUCAAAGAUGCCUUUACCAAAGGGAAAAAGGAGAAAAAGGGAAAAGGUGGGUUAGCAGUUGAGGAAAAUAAAAGUAAAUCAAAGAAAAAAGGAAAAGCAAAGGAGUCUGAUAGUGAUAGUGAUGAUGUACCCAUUACAACCUCUAAAGGAGGUUUUGCUUCAUUGGCUGUUGAUGAUGAUGAUGAGGAGGAGGAGGAACCUCCUCAUGCAAUCGACACAGAAGAAGAAGAACAGGUUGAGGUUGUUAAAACAAACAAGAAGGACGAAAAGAAAGGAAAGAAGAAUAGAAAAAAGCGCAAAGAUGAAGAUGAGGAAGAUCUAGAUCAAAUUCUUGCUGAACUUGAAAUCGAAUAUGCUGGAGGUGCUGGUGAUAAGCCACCAACCGAGUCUGCUAAACCUGAAACAAAAGAAGAUGAAAAGAAAAAAAAGAAAAAAGAAAAAAAAGCUGAGAACGAGGAACCUUCGGCCACUGUGGAGCCGGUUGAUGAUGAAAAUGAAAAUGAUGACGGCGAAGAAGUAAAAACUGUUAAAUCAGCUGCACAAAAGAAAAAAGAAAAGAAAGAAAGAGAAAAAGCAAAGAAAGCAGCAGAAAAGGCCAAAGCUAAGGCCCAAGCUUCAAAUGAACCAACUAUUGAAAAAUCCCCAGAACUCGAAGUGGAAGCACCACCUCAAACCACAGAAGAGAAAACUGAAUAUAGGGAUGAAGACGAAGAUGAUGAAAGUAAGAAGAAGAAAAAGAAAAAAGGAAAGGAAGAGAAAGAAGACAAAAAGAAACCAAAAAAUAAAGCGAUUGCUGCUAUGCAAGCAGCUUUGAAAAAAAUAAAGGAAGAAGAAGAAAGAUUAGCUGCAGAAGAAGCAGAACGGAUUAAGAAGGAGGAAGAAGCUGAACAAGCAAGAUUAGAACAAAUUCGUUUGGAGCAAGAAAGAAAAGAGAGGAAGAAACAGAAAGAAAAAGAAAAGAAGGAAAGGCUAAAAGCAGAAGGAAAGUUGUUGAACUCAAAACAAAAAGCCGACCGUGCUAGAGCCCAGGCAAUGCUUGAAGCAAUGAACAAAAUGAGAUUAGACAGUAGUAUUUCUUCUGCUCAAGAUACAGAAAAACCUGUGAAACAAAAACCGGUUUAUACAAAACUUAAAAAGAAUUUAAUACCACAGCAGCAGCAGCAGCAACAACAACAACCACCACAAGCUCCACCUCAAUCCAAUGGUACUCAAGGACCAAAAUCGGUUGAGGUCAAAAUUAUUGAUAAAGUAGAACCAAUUGAACAGGAUGAUGUCAAGGAUUCUUGGGAUAUUGAAUCUGACAAAGAAGAUGAUGCGCCUAAAGCGGAUGAGGUUAGGGAAAAAGGUAAGACACCAGAAGCAAAGCCUCAAGAGGCUUCGAAGCCGAACCAAGUGAACAGACAGAAGAGCAAAGAGGAAAGCUCUUCGAUGACUGAGUCUGAAAGUGAAUCUAGUUCAGAAGAGAGUGAGACUGACAAUUCGGGGAGUGAUUCAGAUGAAGAGGGCAAGUCGGACAAAAGGACUGAAGCAGAAAGGAAAAGGGAAAAAGUUAUUGAUAGGAUUAAGAAAAGACAAGAGGCUGCCGAGAAAAAGAGAAGUCUUGAUGAACUCAGAGCAGCUGUCGUUUGUGUACUAGGACAUGUUGACACUGGCAAGACUAAAAUAUUGGACAAACUACGAAGGACGAAUGUACAAGACGGAGAAGCUGGUGGAAUCACACAACAGAUAGGUGCAACUAAUGUGCCUAUAGAAGCAAUUAAGGAGCAGGCCAAGAUCGUCAAAGGGUUUUCACAAAUGCCAUUGAAAAUCCCUGGCCUUCUAAUUAUUGAUACGCCCGGUCACGAAUCUUUCAGCAAUUUGAGGUCUAGAGGUUCGUCCUUGUGUGAUAUUGCCAUUCUUGUUGUCGAUAUUAUGCACGGAUUGGAACCACAGACUAUUGAAUCUAUAAAUUUACUUAAACAGAGGAAAACUCCUUUCAUUGUAGCUCUGAACAAAAUUGACAGGUUAUAUGACUGGCAAAUGAUGGCAAGGAAAGACAUUAGGGAUGUUAUAAAUGGGCAAGCUGCAAAUACACAGUUAGAAUUUGAACAAAGGACAAAUGAAGUAAUUGUUCAGUUCGCUGAACAGGGAUUAAAUGCUGCACUCUUUUACAAUAAUCCAGAUGUAAGAAGUUAUGUUUCUCUAGUACCAACUUCCGCAGCAACUGGUGAAGGUAUGGGCAAUCUUUUAGCCCUCAUAGUCGAAUCGUGUCAAACCAUGCUUGCAAAGAGACUUAUGUUUAGUGAAGAGCUGCAGGCUACUGUUUUAGAAGUUAAAGCUCUUCCUGGCCUUGGGACAACUAUAGAUGUUAUUUUAGUUAAUGGAUAUCUCAGAGAAGGGGACACAGUAGUAUUGGCUGGAACUGAAGCUCCAAUAGUAACUCAAAUUAGGUCUCUUCUUAUGCCGCAACCUCUUAAAGAACUCAGGGUUAAAAAUGCAUAUGUGGAAUAUAAGGAGAUCAAAGCGGCUCAAGGUGUAAAAAUAGCUGCCAAAGACUUUGAGAAAGUCAUUGCUGGCUUAAAUCUCAGAGUUGCCAAAAAGCCAGAUGAAGUCGAUGUUCUGAAGGAAGAAGUCGCCAAAGAACUGAAGCAUGCACUUAGUAGCAUAAAACUUCAAGAACGAGGAGUUUAUGUUCAAGCGUCUACUUUAGGUUCUCUUGAAGCUUUGCUCGAGUUUCUUAGAACAUCCAACAUACCGUACGCUAAUAUAAGGAUUGGCCCUGUUGUCAAGAAAGACGUUAUGAAAGCCUCGACGAUGCUGGAACACGAAAGUCAGUACGCCGUCAUCUUAGCUUUCGACGUUAAGAUAGACAGGGAUGCCCAAGAGCUUGCUGAUAGUCUUGGUGUGAAGAUAUUCCAAGCUGACAUAAUCUAUCACCUUUUCGACAAGUUCAUCGCUUUUAGGGACGAAAUUAAAGCGAAGAAGAGGGAAGAAUUCAAAUCUAUCGCCGUCUUCCCUUGCAAGCUUCGAAUCCUUCCUCAGUUCGUUUUUAAUUCUCGAGACCCGAUUGUGGUCGGUGUUAUGGUCGAGGCCGGAAUCGUCCGGGAGGGUACCCCGAUUUGUGUGCCAACCAAAGAGUUCGUAGAAUUGGGAGUGGUAACGAGUAUCGAGAACAACCACAAGCCGGUCGAGAGUGCACGGAAGGGGCAGGAAGUGUGCAUCAAGAUUGAGCCGAUCCCGGGCGAGUCACCGAAAAUGUUCGGCAGGCACUUCGACGAGAAAGACUUUUUGGUCUCCAAAAUAUCCAGACAGAGCAUAGACGCUUGCAAGGAUUAUUUCAGAGAAGACUUGGUCAAGACCGACUGGCAGCUGAUGGUAGAAUUGAAAAAGCAAUUCCAAAUUCUCUAAUCUCCGCCCCGCUCCACCUGCCUCAAAAAAUGAAAUUUCGAAAUUAAUUAUAAUCCACGAUUAUAACAACCACUCAUCUCGCAACUCCCUUUAUAUGUAUUAUACUAUAUAUAUAAAUAAAAAAGUGAAUAUAUAUGUUUCGUACGGAAA